AUGCACGUUAACACAUACGGUUCGUAUCUGCGAGGUCGCACAUCGACAUGCGAAAUGACAAGUGCGUCCAAUGAAGUGACAUUUAUGGAUGAUAGUGUUUCUGAGGGUGAAAUUACUGACACCACACAGUCCAACGUACGGAAUGUCACAACAGACCUUCUGUCGCUUGACCUGACUGAGUCCAAGGAAUAUAUGCAACCCAGGGAGUCUGAGGAAAUCCAGGAGAAUGAGGAACACAAGGUGGUUCGCAAACAUCCCAUAUCACACACACAUGACACCUCGGUACAUUACACUCAUCACCGUGAACGGGAAAAUGGACGUGUACACAAGCAGCAUCACGAUCAUCACAACGGUCACCGGAACCGCGCACAUGACACGAGACCAGUAUGCAGAAGUUUUCCGAAUUGUAGAUUUGGAAACUCUUGCAAGUACAGGCAUCCUAGACGCGCGUGCAAAUACCAUGUGAACUGCAAGAAUGUGAAUUGUCAAUUUAACCACGCACCGCCGAGACAUCUGCUUGUGCCAAUCCGACAAGUGACAUCCGACGUACACGAUAUCACGGCAGGUUUGCAGUCGGUUGGUUUGAAUGGUGGUUACAAAGUUGAGAAUGGUGACCCAUUUGAGGACUUCCUGUUUAAGCUACUGCGUGACAAUCAGACCCAUCCCCAUGCUGUGUUCAGCGGGGUUGCCAUAGUAACCUAUAUCAAGGCAGUGGACGAUAGAGACCAGCGAUCCGCUUCCCAGGCCCGUCUCGAACAUGAAAUUACGAUCCAGUGCACGGCGAACAGAGUAGUUAUUCGUGCAACACAUGACAAUGUCUCGUUCCGAGUCUUGGCCGCAUCCCUUGGGGGUGAAAUAUGGGGCUUCUUCGAUGCGAAUGAUGGAGGCAAACCCUAUAAGAGAAUCUGGUGUUUCAAGUCUGAGCAUCGAAGGCCUAAGCUGGUUCCGCGCGAAGGAAACCGCACCAACUCUACAAACGGGCUUUUACUAGACGACAGUCGAUGCGAAUACUGUUAAUGGAUUGCAAAGUUAAGGCUCAUAACAGAGUCAAUACAGGGG